AAGCAAGCAGUCACUCGCGUCAUUCUCGAGCUGUCCAUUGUGUGCAGAAGACGUGAGUUAUUGUUUAGUGCAGGCUAUUUUCUUUUUGACUUCGAUCUGUCAACCGACAUGGAUUUAUUUUCUUCUUUGCUAAGUGUUUUUGUAUUUACAGCUGUGGUUAAGGAACCUACCACAAAUUCUGGAAGUUUCACAACCGUCGUUCCUGGAUAUGAGCUGCCUGAUCGUCAAUUUGACAAUGUUGCAGUCUUCAGCCAAAUCUCGAAAGCAUCACUGACAGUAGAUAAUUCCGCAGUAUCUGCUGACAUGGGGGACUUUACUGAACAGUAUCAUGAUCUUAAUUUGACCAAGGAGACAAGUGUUAUUCAGACCACAAACACACUGAGCUCUGAAGUGGAAACUUUGGAGCAUACCCAAAUGUAUACCACAGACACAUUUGUUGCAGGAAUGGGACACCUCACACAAGGCUAUGAUGAGUACACUGUGACAACAGAAGAAGCUGAAAUGGACACAAUUACCCUUCAAUCAGAGCGCAAUACAACAGUAGGAAAUGACGCAUCAGUAUUACAGAUAGAAAACAUGCCCUUGUGUGUAUCUACCAGUGUUCUCCAAUUAACCACAAUCAUGAUAAUAUUACUCGGUACAGCUCUAAUCAUAAGAUCCAUCUGGAGAAUAUGGAGCUACUAUUUUAGAUUCCUCUCUGUUGAGUAUAAUAUUAAAUACACAAUACAGUACAGUGAUGGAGAAUUCCUUACUGUCGAAUAUCAUGAUACAGUUCCUGUUUAGAGUGCUUAAAAUUCACCCUCCACACAAUUAUCCAUCACACACCCAGAAACAAAUACCUUCUCUCCUCUGCUCCACCGCACUUACUUUUAUGAUCACUUCUCAUCCUUUAACCUUUUGGCCGUAUCCAUACUUUCUGAUUGAUUCAAUACUGCAUAUGUAAACACACACUCAUGCCCCUCUCAACACACAGGAAAAUAUGCGAAAUUCGAAAAUCCUCUUCAGUCAACAACAGUUUCAUAUUGGAUACAGUUAUGUUCAAUUUCUUUGACCCUUGUAUCACAGAGAACAAUUGUAUUUUUCUGAAAUCUGCAUUCUACUGGCUAAAUUAAGUGUGUGUGAAGUGAAUUAUGAUGUGAAAACUGUAAUUUUCUGGCGGUAUCACAUAAGCUCCUAGUAUUCUGUCUAGUCAAUGUUGCCAUCUACACAUUUGUAAAUUAGCCUUGCCCAUUUCAUGAAAUCGGAGACUAUAGGUAAACUAACAAUUUCAAGAGAAUAUGAGAUUGUCACCAAACAUGUUACACAAAGCAAAUGACUGUUUGACUAAUGUGGCUGAAUAUACAGUUUUGUCAAUAUUAUCACUUUCACUUUUAUGUUGACUGUAAGCAACUUUUGUGUAGUUACAGUUGUACAAUUUUGUUUAUUCUAUAUAUAAGUAUUAUAAUGCAAAAUAUUUUACUAAUAGAUUUAGUAGAACAUGAAAAUGUUUACAGUAUGUGUUUUAAAAUGAAAGAUUGUUUUACAACAGCAUUAAGCCAGGUUACCGGUUUUCAUUUGAUAUUUAAUGUAUACAACAUUUCUGUACUUACAGUUAGGAAUUUGUAGUGGUUCUAUAAGAAAAUAAAUAGAUUUAGAACAAUU